AGUGAUACUGGUACGACGUUCUUCUUUUUGCGCCCUCGGCUCUCGGCGCUUUCUCCUGUUUCCAUUUUCCCCUUUCACAGUCAAAAAGGUCCCGUUGAUCUUUCUAAAUUAUUUACUUUCACCCCCCAGCUGUUUAUGUACUGUGUUGUGUUGUCCUGUGCUGUGCUUUGCUCUUCUUCUUGCUCUUCGUCUUUUCAUCUCAGUGUGAAUUUGGGUUCUUUCAAUAUAAGAGAAGGAUAAGAAAAUGUACCCACGAAUGAUUCAGUCCCACCUCGAAGGUGGUUUAGUUGCUCAGGAAGACAUCCCAAUUCAGGGCGGUGGUGGUCGGGGAGACCCAUGUCUUGUCUUGACUUCCGAUCCCAAACCUCGCCUCCGUUGGACUGCUGACCUUCACGAACGUUUCGUUGACGCCGUCACUCAGCUUGGUGGUGCCUCUAAAGCUACUCCAAAGGCCAUCAUGCGGACAAUGAAUGUGAAGGGAUUGACUCUGUUCCAUUUAAAGAGUCAUCUCCAGAAAUAUAGGCUGGGUAAGCAAUCGGGGAAGGAUAUGGGUGAGGCAUCCAUAGAUGGGAUGUCAGCUUCAUGCCUUUUAGAAAGCCCUAGUACUGGUAAAUCGUCUCCGAACUUGCCAACUUCUGAUCAUGAUGGUUAUGAAGUCAACGAGGCAUUGAGAGCACACAUGGAAGUGCAAAGUAAAUUACAUCUCCAGGUCGAGGCUGAGAAGCACUUGCAGAUCCGACAGGAUGCAGAACGUAGAUAUAUGGCCAUGCUUGAAACAGCUUGUAAAAUGCUUGCUGAUCAAUUUAUUGGUGGUGCAGUUAUCAACACAGAAGGCCAGAAAUGUCAGGGAUUUGUGAAUAAGACACCAAGAAGUUCUUCUCUUGACCAUCUUGGCUUCUACUCGUUACAGUCCCCUCGCGUGGCCGGAGUGCAUGGCUUGGAAGAAGAAGUUCCACCUAGCCUGCAUCCCCAAAGGACUGACUGUUCCACUGAAAGCUGCCUAACAUCACAUGAGAGUCCAGGAGGAUUGACUCUGGAAGGAUCUCCAGGUGGAGGGCAGAAAAGGAUGCUAGGCUUGGACUCAACUACUGCAUCUUUGAUUUGGGGUGAAGGCAAGAUGAAAUCCCAAGACAUCAAUGUGGCGCAAGUUAACCCUCGUUCAAUCACUGGAUAUGGGAUUUACUACACUGGGUUUCCCAACAGAAAGGGAAGAAAUAAACGAGGAAGGAGCAAAGACUCGGACUUUGAGUGGUCAAUACUCGUUGUUUCUCAGUUUUCAGCUCCCUUUGAUCCCCACUUUGAGAGAGAGAAUCAUUUUGCUCCCAAAUUUCCAAUUUUACAUUUCCCAAUUUCGGGAAAUAGAGGGAGGGAUGGGGGGACGAAACUGGAAUUAAAGGGAGGAGCUUUGAUUCUUGUGGCGAGUGUAGAUCUGGUUCUUAUUCUCCUCAUUGUUCAUCAUCGUAAUUCCCCAGAGAAUAUCUUUGCGCGACUUUCGUUGAAUAUAGUCUGUCAUUCAUGGCAACUUUCGUGGCAAACCCUAAUUAUUUAUGUACGUGGCCGGAGCCUAUUGUUUCUUUAUAUUCCUCUGCCUCCAAACACUCGCUUGGACAAUAUUAUCCUAUGUAUGUAUCAGCCAAAGAGUGUUAAUAAUUUAAGCUUAGUCCAAAAAAACUCGUUAGUUCAUGGUCAGCAUUUAGAUUGUGUUACCAGCGCAAUGGACCCAAUCAAUGGAGCGAACAAUCUUAACAAGUCGAGUCUUGCCUCGAAGCAACGCUUGCGUUGGACACAUGAGCUUCAUGAACGUUUUGUUGAUGCUGUGGCACAACUUGGUGGGCCAGACCGAGCUACUCCCAAAGGCGUCCUCAGAGUAAUGGGCGUUCAAGGUUUGACAAUAUACCAUGUCAAAAGCCACUUACAGAAAUACCGGCUUGCAAAAUACCUGCCUGACUCCUCAUCUGAUGGGAAAAAAGCUGAUAAGAAAGAAAGUGGGGAUAUGCUUUCAAAUUUGGAUAGUUCAUCUGGGAUGCAAAUAACUGAAGCACUCAAGCUGCAGAUGGAAGUGCAGAAGCGACUGCAUGAACAAUUGGAGGUUCAGAGACAGCUGCAACUACGUAUAGAAGCCCAGGGCAAAUACUUGAAGAAGAUAAUCGAGGAGCAACAACGACUUAGUGGAGUUUUUUCUGAAACAUCUGAUUCUGGGGUCCCAGGUCCAGUAUCGGGUGACAAUUGCCCGGAUUCCGAAAACAAGACUGACCCAGCAACCCCUGCCCCAACUUCUGAGGCCCCCCUACAAGAGAAGGCUACCAAUGAAUGUGCCCCAGCCAGCCUUUCCAUUGAUGAAUCCUUCUCUUCUCGUCAUGAACCAUCAACUCCAGAUUCUGGCUGCCACAUCAGUUCCCCAUCCGAGAGUUCCAAAGAUGAAAGAUUGAUUAAGAAGCAAAGAGUCCUUACGGGUGGAUCAUAUGCUAAAUCAGAAAUGGUGCUUCCUCAUCAGAUACUUGAGUCAAGCCUGAGCUCCUCGUACCCGCAGCCACCUUCCAUUUUUCUGUCUAGAGAGCAGUUUGAACCUUCGUCUGGUAUAUCAAUCAGGAAUGAUGAUCACAUGGAAAAGCUUGCAGGCAGUGAGCUGUAGUUCUGCGUUAUUGUAUUUUCCCUUGUCUCUGUAGUUUUUUCAGAGAUAUAUCUCUAAUUAGGUCAAAUAACUCUUGUCACAAAUGUUCUGGGAUGAUUAGAUAUCAACAUCAAGACGCUACCAUGAGAGACGAUGUUGGUUAAAUUUAGAUGAUUGUUGUAAACAGGUAUUGGGAUUCAGUUCAAUUAUCAGGUGCUAUUUGUAACAUCGAGACCCAAGUUUCUGAAUCCCUUGCAAUUAAAAGGAACUGCAGCAAAGCAUUGCAGGUA